AUGGAAGCUAAGAAGAACGAGAUCAAGGAAUGUUUGAAAAAAAUUUUCCAAUUAACUGUAGCAUCUUCGUGUUAUAAAGACGUAGUAAUUGGAAGUUUGAUAUUUGGGACAAAGGUCUGCCUGAACGCAACAGUACGACCUCCUUUGAUAACUGGAUUGAAUUUCGAACAAGCGCGGGUAGGGCCCUUCCUAAAUCUUCGUUCACGAAGCCUAGUCAUGAUGAUGAUGCAGCUGUCUUGUCAGUGUUGCGCUGAAUGGAAUGUUCUAAUUGACUCUGAAUCGAAAGCACUCGUUAAAGCACGUCAUUGUUUAUACUUAUUUUUAUCUCCAUCUAGCACCAACAGUUGCACCAAUACACGUCCUCACACGUACACGUAUUAUAUACUACCUGUACCCGGCCACACGUUAUCACAGCAACAGGUAGUAGCAAAUAAAACAAUUAAUUUGUUAAAUGGAAAACAGUUGUUAAAUCAGUGUGGUAAGAUGACAAGAAUAAGAAGAGAAAGCUCACAUUUCUAA